GCAAGUCGUCAGACGUAUGAGAGAGCUUAAGAACGUUGUUUGCCAUCACGGAACGUGGUAACGAGACCGGGGACGACCGACGGAAAAAGCAACCAUAAGAGGGGUAAAAAAAUACAGUUGGAAGUAUAAAUCAAGAAAUGCCUAAACUCAAGCCGCUGAAAAAAAUUUAAACCGAAUUUUUAGUCAAAGCAAAAAAAAAAACAGAGUGUAAUGCUCCCGCACCAAACUAAACUUUACGACAACGCAAAAAAACGCAUUGUUUACGUAAAUGCUGCUCUGCUAACGGAUAGCUGGAAGCCAUUAUGUGAAAUGAAAUACGGUGUAUAAGUCUUUCCUCGCCUUAAUAAAUUCGCAUCAAAAAUUCGAUCAACCGACUCACCAAUCGACCAGCAAUCGGCUAUGAAACUUUUUAUUCAAUACAAAGAAUAAAUAGAAGAGAUGAGAAUAAUAAUCAAAAAGUAAAGUAAUCAAGAGCGAAAAAUAUAUUUUGGAGAAUUUUUUGAAUAUUUUUUUACUGUUUGCCCAACUAAGAAACAGAGUGUGUUCAUGAAGCAGUUCAGCAAAAUUUUGCAAAUAGUAUAUUAGAAUAAUUCAUUAUCAAUUAAAAUCUAAUUCGGAAUAAAUAUUGACAGAAUUGAGGAACCUAAGCUGCCUAUGCAAAUGUCGUUUCUAUGAAAUUGAAAACACCAGAUCCAGAUACAGAUUUCGAUCCAACUUGACUCAAACACUUACAUAUGUCGGGUAAACGUUCCCAAUUUGAGCGUUAUCAAUUUGUAUAACCAAAGGUGAUAAAACUAUCACUGUGAUUUAACGGGUUGGAUAUUAUUUUAGGUGGCGAUUAUGUGUGUUUUAUUUACUGUACAGAUAACAAAGCUGAAUAGGGAGCCAAGAGCUUGAUUGAAUGAGUGAAUCAGUAAGUGCGUAAAUGCAAUAACUAAGGUGAGGAAACUAAAGAGUGCCUUGCUCAGCGCAAUGAAGCUACAAUUUCAGCUGUACCCUUAUGCAUACAAAAGCCUAGACACAGUCUCUGCUACAAACGCAGAUAAGCUCAUCAUCACAGCCAUCCACUGCCACACAACCUGACCUACAAAAAAAGUAGAGUUGAGUGUCACCAAUGUGCCAAUAGCAGAAAUAGAUUGAUAUCUAAAAUAAAGUGCAACUACAGCAACAAAAUCAUACUUGAGAUAUUGAGACGCAUAAUUACUUUUUGAUUGUCUCAAAUGUGCCAAUUAAAGUUUGGAUGCGAGCGACUACCUUUUGGUAAAUAUCCGUGAGAACGAGAAAAAAAAGGUAGAAAACCCUUAAACAAAACGAGGAGAGGACAACCAAGACUUAGCAUUGACGCUAACACAGACGUUGACGUCGACGCCUAAUAAUUAAAACACAUCAUUGAAGCUGCAUAAUGUGGAUUGCCAUCACCUAUUUGAUCAUUAUCAUUGCCCAGCUGUGCGCCUUGGCCACAUCCGCUGGCGAAGCAGAUUAUACUCUUGACGAUUCUUUUUGGAAUGAAGAAAGUCCCGUUGGCGAAGUGGAACGGUUACUUAAGGAAUACAGACAAAAUCAAGAGUUGGUUCGUCGCAUCGGUGGUCAUUACUACCAAAUAAUAUAUCCUGUUCAGUUGCGCCAUCACGAGAAGAUGGGAAUAUCAACGCGUGAAGUCAGCCCCUCGAAGCCGGGGCAACGUCCUCGUCCGCAUGAUGACAGUGGAUUCAACAGAGGCAGGACAAAGAAACAUUUUCAUCGCACCUCGCUGCUAAUCAAGGCAUUUAAUCAUAAAUUUCGCCUGGACCUGGAGCUUAACUCCCAACUUCUUUCACCAAAUAUACAGCAAAAGCACUACCAUGUUGGAGGAUAUCUUGUGGACGGAAACCGGCAUGAUAUCGAACACUGUUAUUACCAUGGGACAGUGAAGGACUAUCCAGGCGCUAGUGCUGCCUUUCAUACUUGCAACGGAGUAAGCGGCGUCAUACACAUUGGAAACGAGACAUUCGUCAUUCAUCCAUUUUAUGGUGGCGAUCUAUCUAAACAUCCGCAUGUAAUUUUCGAAGCGCGUACGAAAGCAAACAAAGGAUGCGCAAAUUCAGGUAACCUGGACUCAUGGCGAUUGUCUCGUCGCACCAAACACCUGUCAGUAGGAGUGGCGGAUGUGGUGGACGAAAUUCUUCCAAACCACUCAGCGCGCAGUAAGAGGGAUGUGCGGGAGGCCACCAAAUACAUUGAAACAGCAAUAAUCGUUGACAAAGCAAUGUUUGAUAAACGCAACGGCAGCACGCGGGCCGAAGUUAUUCACGACGCAAUACAGGUUGCCAAUAUAGCUGAUCUGUACUUUCGCACACUGAAUACUCGUGUGUCGGUGGUUUAUAUUGAGACAUGGGGAAAAAAUCAGGCUGUCAUCGAUGGAAGCAAGGACAUUGGCAAGGCAAUAUCUAACUUUAAUGAUUACACGUCAAGAAAUCUGUUCCAAAUCGAGCGAGACACUACUCAGUUACUAACUGGUGAAACAUUUUCCGGCGGAGAGGCUGGGAUGGCCGUUCCUGAAACUGUCUGUACACCUCGAGCUGUAGGCAUCAGCGUCGAUGUCAACGUGUAUGAACCACACCUCCUCGCUGGUACCAUGGCUCACAUGAUUGGCCAUAACAUUGGCAUGGGCCACGACGACGGACGUGAAGAAUGUUUUUGCCGCGACUGGCAUGGUUGCAUAAUGGCACAGUCGAUCGUCGGACAGGAGAAUGUCCAACCGUAUAAAUUUUCGGAAUGCAGUAAGAAAGAUUACAUUGACGCUUUGCGGACGGGACAUGGACUGUGUUUGCUCAACAAGCCCAAUGAGAUCGAACUGCGUCGAAACUGCGGUAAUAAAGUAGUCGAGGAAGAUGAGGAAUGUGAUUGUGGUACCUUUGAAGAGUGUGCCCUGGAUCCCUGCUGCGACGGAAUAACAUGCAAGCUUAAAUCUGAGGCGCAAUGCGCUAGCGGCGCAUGCUGUGAACAAUGCCGCUUACGUCCUAAGGAUUACAUUUGCCGGGACUCAAACAAUGAGUGUGAUCUUCCAGAAUAUUGCGAUGGUGAAGUCGGUCAAUGUCCUUCUGAUGUCUACAAGAAAAAUGGCUCUCCAUGUGGUCUCAGCAAAGCUGGCGUCUCUGGCUACUGUUUCCAGGGCUACUGCCCUACACUUAGCCUGCAAUGUGAAGCAAUUUGGGGAUAUGGGGGAUCCGCAGCAGAUCGGCAGUGCUAUGAACAAUUUAAUUCUAAGGGCUCAAUUAAUGGCCAUUGUGGGCGUGAUGCGAAUGAACAUUACAUUAAGUGCGAUCCAGAGAAUGUCCAGUGCGGUACUCUACAAUGUAAGGAUGGGGAAAGACAACCAGUUAACGAUGGUAUCGACCAACUCUAUUCACGCACCAUUAUAUCUAUCAAGGGACAGGAGUACGAGUGCAAAGCAACCAGCGGACAAGUAGGCUCCAACAACUACCCUGAACAUGGUCUAGUCAAGGAUGGAACACCGUGCGGUGAUAAUUUAAUUUGCCUCAACCAAACUUGUGUCAGUCUCUUUCCUCAUGUGGAUCAAACCAAGUGCCCAACAAAUAAACAGGGUCAAGAGUGCUCAGAACACGGCGUCUGCACUAACACAAAUCGCUGCUUUUGCGACAUGGGUUGGGGUGGCACAGACUGCAGCUCUGUCGUUCUCCUUACUACAGCACUGCCAACCGAAGCAUUGCCUACCCCGGAAAAUACAAUAAAAAUGGAAAAGAAAGAAACCCCAUAUGAGAACUACCACGGCUCAAAUACAGUGUUCCUAGUCGGUGUUCUAAUGUCAGUUGUAGGGUUCGUUUUUAUAACAUUCACCUUAAUGGCAUUGUGCUACAGGUCAGUUGUAGUACAUAGAAACUUCUCCCUGUGUCUGAGACGAAAGACUACUACAAUGAAGUACGAUCCGCCCUACUCGAAGAAACCGAUUACCAAGAGCUAUGGCGGUGCGACGACGGCACCAAACCAUCAUUCCGUUGAGGAGGUUUCCUUGGAUGGCUCCAGCAAGUUGGUUUAUGCCAAUCAGACAGGUUUCAGGGACAAAGUUGUGCAUGGACGUCGCUAUACAACUGGUGGCGAGGACGAUCAGUCACAUGCAGAGAAGGGUAUUUUAAAGAAACACGGCUAUGGGCUCGUACACGGAGAGCAACUUAAAGACAAAUGGGGAGACGAUAACCAGUCGGACAAUCUUGAGCUGAUUACCCAGGACGGGACGCUGGCAUCAACGAGCGGUGGAGUGGCUGCCUCCGAAGUCGAACGUACGCUUAAGUCCCUCAACGGAUACCAUGAGGAUAUUUUGGAGGCUCUGCGAAAUGCGGCCACGCAUCGUGGUACAGGAACCGGUAACACACCCGUUGGCAGUGGGAGCCUCAGCGAAGAAAUGUUGCGUAAAACAUUACAAGAUUGUAGCAGCGCACAGUUAGGAUAUUCCGCAGAACCAUACAAGCGCACUAGUGGAUCUAAGUCCAGUUCCAGGGAAAAUGUUUGUGACAAUACCGCUGUACACGCCAUAUUACUUGACGGCAGCGGAUCUGGCCUUGGUGGCCUGGGUCUGGGAUCGAGCUUAGGUGCUGGGGGUGGAUCAGCUGUUAUUGCUGGGGGUAUGGGGCAUGGCAGUGCGAUGCUGCAUCACCAUCGCUCGCAACACCAAUUGCAUCAACCGCCCCCUUUAUCAUUACAACAACAGCAACCAGACGAGGAUGACGCUCCCUCAACAGGACCCUUGCGUAUACGUAACUUGGAGGAUCUUAUACGGCAGCUUGAGCAUCACUCGUCGCGACACAUGAGUCCCAGCGGCUCCGAGGAUAUACGCAUGUCGGAAACAGAUGGUGAUCGCCACUAUAGAUUAGAUAGUUCCGCCGCUUGUAGUGAGUCCUCACAAGGCUCCAAUCAGCAACUAGCACAAACUCAGAAAACCGCUACAAUUCAUUCUUCGUACAGCAGUCGCUGUCGUCCCCGUUCCGAUGAGGAGUCGCGAUUUGCUUAUGGCAGCCGCUACCGACAGCCGACACCAGCAGGUCGACAUGCACCACAUCAGUCACACUCACCGCAUACAUUUGGACAUCACACGCAUCAUUCUCACGCUCACGGACAUGCCACGCAUGGUCCCCACUCUUCGCAUCACUCAUCGCAUACUCAUUUACAACAGGAAGAUGAUGGUAUAUAUGAGACCGCAGACCAACGCAACGUUUCUGAUGCUCGUCUUGAUUCACAGGAGACACCAGACAGCGAAAGUGAUGACUUUAUUCAAGCUCAACAACAGUUAGCCCGGUGGGCGAGUGAAGAUGUGGUAUCCGUCGUGGUAUUGGACCAGCCGCAGUCCGCAACAAUGUCGGAUUCCCAACCAUACAACGGCGUAGGACCAAUGUCAGGGGCUACAACGAGCAACGUUAUCCACCAUCAGCAUCUGCAUCAGCACCACGGCGAUCCUCAAUCCUCUUCAGCGGCAACGGCGGCGGCAGCCAGCAACAACUGUAUAAUGGGUUUGCCAGUCGUCCAAAAUGGUACAAGUGUAAGUCAGAGGGACUUCUAUCCCUCACCACCCUCAACGGAGACGGAAAGCAGUGGAAGUGCUAUCCAGCUUCGUACUCGACGCAUAUUACAGUCGGCCGACACGCACCAUCAUCAGCAGCAGCUUCAACAUCAAUCAGGCGAUACCAGCAGCAGCAACAACAGUCAAUCCGGACAAGUCAUCGAGAAUGGUUGCUACCCGGAAUAUAAACAUUGAUAGUGCAAAAUCAUUUACUUUAAAAUGUAACCGACAUACAUUGACAUUCGCAUUCGUACAGAUAUCCGCAAUCAGCCGCGCCGACUCACGCAUGCAUAGAGGCUCAGCCACAGCAUCGCUUUUUUUUAUUAUGUGAGAUAAGAAGAUCUUGACCGGCAUUUCUAAUCGCAUACACGUAUGCUUCACUUGAAAUACACAAGUGCAUAAGCGUAUUCUGACGUCUUAUGUAACAUAACAGAAAUAUAACUGCAAUGCUAAUAAACAAGUUAACCAAAUGAGAAAAAAAACAAACAAGCAGAAAAGGUCAAAAUCAAAUUAAUAAAGAAUAUUACGAUUUAUGAGCGAAAACUUACUACACAAAGGAUUACACACAUGCAUACAUAAAUACAUACCAUUGAAUAUUUACAUAACCAUACAUUCGUUCAUUUUAACGUUAAUCUAAUCUUAUUCACCUUCGCAAAAAAAAAGGAUUUUGUAUACCUCAGGCCCAAAUAAUGCCAGCGUCUGAGUAGGAAAAAAAUUGAGCAGGCUGCUGUAAAUAAAAAAAAUGUUUAAAUGUGCUAGAUAGUUAAUUAUACGACUCUUUGCCAGACGAGUCUAGAACUUGAAAAUUCGACAGGAAAGUAAAAUGCACUCGUGCACCGAGCCGAACAUGCGCUUGAUGGUGCCUCUCUAUUAGGGCCCUCUUAAACCGACUGAUAGAAACAUUUUGGGCAAAUACUGUCAGUUCUCGUUAAAAAAUCUCAAAAAAAAAACCAAUAUAAUAAAGAACAACAAACACAAAAAUAAAGAUCUCUAACUAGAAAUUUUAAUUACUUUUAUAUGGUAAGCAUCUUAGAUUCGUAGGUGUAAUGAUUAUUCAAAAUUAAACCAUGACCGUUAAAUGUUAAUUUUAGGGAUACGGAACAUUAGUUUUACAUAGUAUAUGUCAUUUAUAUAAAUAAACGUGAAAAGUACCAUUAAUAAACUUAAAUAAAUAAGUGCUUUGUAAAUCGUAUCAAUUUUAUCUUGUAUAAAUGGUGUUACGCGAGGAUAUGGAGAGAUAUAUCCAAUUAAAUAUUUUUUAUCAAAAAUAUUCGUACAUACAUACAUUUGUAUUUAUUUACAAAGCGGGGAUAUACAUCUCACACUAAAGGAGACUAAUCUGCCAACAAAUAUAUCAAUUGUGGGAGAAACCACACUGCCAACUUGAUAGAUUUUCCUGUCUAUAAAGAGUUAAAAAAUCGCCAAAUCCAACAAAAAACUGCAGUUUGAUCAACCCAAUGGUAAGGCUCAAAUUAUCUACAGGCAUCAUAAAUUCAUAUCGAAACUCAAAACGGGUACUUAAACCUAGCCGCCCACCACGUAAUAGAGACUGACAAAAGGAACGUGCCAUGGGGUCUUUCUUCAUGGCGAGCUGUUGAAGCAGCGGAAGGAGCAUGAGUACCUAUAACGCUGGACGCCCGCCUCAUAUUUGCCAGCCACACAAGGAUGGUUAGAAGCGCCUUGGAAAGCAAGGCUAGAAAACUCUACUGGCUUCUUAAACCUAACACCAAGCUCAGCCUGGCGAACAAGAUCCGCAUAUAUAAGGUAAUCCUGCCGCCUUCAGAGAUCCUUGACAGGAUGAGGGUGUUUCAGAGAAAGACCCUCCGAAAGAUCUCUGGUGCUGAAUGGUAUGUCCGUAAUAGAGACAUCGCCAAAGACCUUGGAGUUCCCUCAGUCGGUGACAUUAUUAACGAGCAAGCCACAAGAUAGAAGCCUCGCUAGAAGAUUGGUAAGGAGCAGAACCAGGCGAAAGUUAAACCACAUAGAUCCGUACGACUUGGCCACCAGGAACAUAUUAUUUCCUGUUGCACAAUCUCCGUUUUCGUCCGUUUGUCCCGCAUUUAACUUUAAAUAGUAAAUAGAAAUUGUCCCUGAGGCUUGACAAAAGUUGCUAAUCAACAGUAACAGUACGCUAACUAAUUUUACUUUAUUGUCUGUGAUAAUUGUUGAAAAUAAACGUACAUAAUAAAACUAAAAAAAAAAAAA